UUUGCGUAUUAUCUUGGACUGCGCAGUCCAAUUUCAAAGUACACACACUUUUUUCACUUACUUACUUAACAAUUGAUACUUGCCGCUUCUGAUGAUAUAGCUGCUGCUGCUACUUCCAAUUCAGUUCUGAUUUCCAAUGCUAUAAAAAUAAAUGAAAAAAUUAUUUUCAAAAUAUUGUUAAAAAAUCACAUAAAAUUCAUUUACUUACCUUCUUGUUGUACGAGCCUCCUUUACGAUGGUACGAUCACGAACGACAUGCGUCUUUCAAUCGUUUUUUUUUAUUACCCUUUUUGGGAUUUUCUAUUGUCACUAUUGACAAUUAUGUUUUCUCCUUCGUACUCAUUCAAAUAAAUCAAGAAAUUAAACAAACUUUUUUCAUCAUAUUUAGGUAAACAAAAAAUAACCCCAGCAAAACUUGCGUGACCGAAACUCCAAUACAAUUACACAAUUUUUACUUGUUACUAACACUCCCUCAUAAAUCUUUGAAAUGACCCUGCAAGACGGAGGUAACAGAUUGCACAAACACAUAGAAACAUUUUCAGCUGUUCACUAACACUGUUACAUUUUCUGCAAUUUUCAAUUGCAUGGGAGAAUACGUAAGUAAGAUAGAGAGAAACUAUCGACAUUUUAAACAUAUUGUAAUGUUAACUAGCUAGAAUAGGAGAGACGUAUAAGCAAUUUUUCAAGAAGAAGAAAACGAAAAGCCCAGUUUCAAGAAUGAUAAAAACAAAGAUUGCGCAAUGACGAGUUCAAAUUUUGUUCGUUGCUCGUUGUGUUGCAGGCAUACAAAAUCAUGAAUAUCAUCAAAAGUUAACAUCAAUAUAAGUGAAUAUUAAUAAAAGAUAUCAAUGUAAGUGAAUAUUUUAUAGUGAACAUUUACCUACAUAUUCAUUUAAUUGAAUUUUCAUUGUAUUAUUUAAUUGUGUCUCUUUGCUGUGUUUGUUUCAACCAUAUACAUUUAUGUAAAUAAAAAGAUUGAAUAUUUUGUAACCAAGUAUCAAUACACUAAAUGUUAAUUUUCUUUUUUUACUAUACAUAUGUAUGUUCAAUUAAGUUUUUACUUAAGGAACGAACCCUAAAAUAUAUUCUAGUUUUAAAAAAUAAUUCUUUCAUUUUCGAGCUACAAUUUACAAAACUACUUAAAUCUAUGUAUGUGCUUCUGCACGUAAUUUGUGCAUAUAUGCAAAUCAGUACCAUUGACGUCGUCAAAUACUGCUUGCAAGGCUCUCAUAUGCUCCAUCAACAUAUGUAUCUGUUGGAUAGAACCAUCAAACAUUGUGGUACCGUCACCAUCGUCUGGCGGCCAUGCAGGUAUAAUGUAUUAAUAUAUAAAUAGAUUAGUAUUUCCUUACAAAAAUAUAUUUAUGUUUUUCAGAUAUAAUCCAGAAGCUGGAUGCCACAUUUAAAACAGAAACUAAUUUUUAUAUUUUAAUUUUCUAGAUGCCAGAAGGAGGAUGGAGUCAUGUGUAGAAGUUCAUGCAAGUGAGGAAAGUUCUCUGAUUGCCAUUCACUUGGGAGUGGCCAGAAACGAUUCUUUUACAAAUGACUCAAGCAGAUCACGACUUCCGGUCUUUGACCAAGUAUCCUCUGGGUAGCCUACGAACAUCCGUUUGAAGGCGAGCUAAAGUGAGAAGGCGAAACAUCCCCUGCAUAGGGUUGUGCGCUGGGUUUGGGACCCGCCACGUAAAAAAACACCCCCAAUGAAAGGAAACAACAAGCCUCGGAUGAGUGACCCCCCUUUUGAUGGCGACCAUGGCAAACGAAUUAAGGACUACGAAUUGAGGGCAUGCACCUGGAAUGUCCGGUUCCUUAAUUGGGAAGGUGCCACUGCCCAGCUGGUUGCUGUCGUCGGGAAAACAAAGGCUGACAUCACCGACGUCCAAGAAAUGCGAUGGACGGGACAAGGACAAAGACGAGUAGGUCCUUGUGACAUUUACUACAGUGGCCAUAUAAAGCAGCGCAAGUUUGGUGUGGGAUUCGUGGUGAUAUUGAUAUCAUCGGCCUCAACACCCGCGCCGUUAGUUCUGCUUUCUCCAGACUGGACAAGAAAGCAAAAGAAAUGGGUCUGGCAGUGAACGCGGGCAAGACGAAAUAUCUCCUGUCAUCAAACAACAGUCGUCGCUCUCGCGACUUGGCACUCACGUCACUGUUGACAGUCAUAACUUUGAAGUUGUAGAUAAUUUCGUCUAUCUUGGAACCAGCGUAAACACCACCGACAAUGUCAGCCUAGAAAUCCAACGCAGGAUAACUUUUGCCAACAGGUGCUACUUCGGACUGAGUAGGUAAUUGAGAAGCAAAGUCCUCACUCGACAAACAAAAACCAAACUCUAUAAGUCACGCAUAAUUCCCGUCCUACUAUAUGGUGCAGAGGCUUGGACGAUGUCAACAACGGAUGAGUCGACGUUGCGAGUUUUCGAGAGAAAAGUUCUGCGAAAGAUUUUUGGUCAUUUGCGCGUUGGCCACGGCGAAUAUCGCAUUCGAUGGAACAUUCGAUAUUGACAUAGUUCAGCGAAUUAAAAGACAGCGGCUACGCUGGCUAGCUCAUGUUGUCCGGAUGGACGAAAACACUCCAGCUCCGAAAGUAUUCGACGCAGUACCCGUCGGGGGAAGCAGAGGAAGAAAAAGACCUCCACUCCGUUGGAAGGACCGAGUGGAGAAGGACCUGGCUUCGCUUGGAAUAUCCAAUUGGCGCCACGUUGCGAAAAGAAGAAACGACUGACGCGCGGUUGUUAACUCGGCCAUAAUCGCGUAAGCGGUGUCUACACCAAUUAAGAAGAAGAAGAAGAUGCCAGAAAUGACCGAGGUGCAGGCGCAAAGUAAGUUAUUGCGCGAAUGCCGCGUCAUAGCGGAAAAGACGCACCAUUCAAUUAGCCGCAUCACCGGUGACUUGGAGGACGAGCAUUACGUGGAGCUCGCUUCGAAACUGCCCAUGUCAUCGGAGGAGCACGUGGAAGACAAAUUUUCACAAAAGGAAAGCACAGAUGCUAUGAUGCGGCUAAUAUUGAAGUCAAAGGGCGCAAAAGGCAGUGUUGACGGCGUACUGCGUAGUAUGGUUUUCUGGCGAUUUAAUGUACCACUACAAUUUAGAGGGGCGCAAGGAGAAGGAAUCCCUACUAAAGCUAAAGUGCGUAGGGUUAGUUUUUGAUAUAUUUGUUGACAAGGAUAAAAACACUAUCUGUGGGGAGCUCGGGAGAUUUUUGGCCUUAAGCCUCAAUCGUUUUAAGCAAAAAAAGCAUAAACUUAUAAGUUUUCAUAUUAUUACUUACAUAUAUUAGUUUUAAGUUGUAAACAUUAGUUAUAAGUUAAACAUAUUAGCUUUAACCCUUUCACUACGAUGGGGAUCAUGCAUCCCAAGAGAAAUUUAAAAAAUCGUCAAAAAUACAAUUCAAGCUCAAUUUAGAUAGGAAAAGGUCCCAUUGGUAGUUUACAGUAUUUUUCGUUCAAUAUCAGCUGAUUUGGUUUCGUUCAAUAACUGUACUGCCUUUUAUUGCAAUUAACCGACAGCAACCUUCAGUGAAUGUGCACGUGUUUGCCUAUUUGUAAAUGUAUAAAAGUGUUUCUGUUUACUAAAUUAAUUUGAGUGAAUAAAAUAAGUGUUUUUCAAUAUAAUAAGGUGAGU